AUUCAAGACAGAUCGCUCCUCAAAGUGUACAACAAAGACCCCGCCCAUGCGUUUAAUCACACACCAAAAACUGUGAACGGAGACAUGAGGAUGCAGAGAGAAAUUGUUUAUGCAAGAGGAGAUGGCCCCGGUGCCUCUCGGCCUGGAUCUACAGCCCAUCCACCCCACGUGAUUCCCAAUUCCCCGCCGUCCACGCCCGUGCCACAUUCCAUGCCUCCCUCCCCGUCCAGAAUUCCUUACGGGGGCACCCGCCCCAUGGUUGUUCCUGGCAACGCCACCAUCCCCAGGGACAGACUCUCCAGCCUCCCAGUCUCCAGACCCAUCUCACCAAGCCCGAGCGCCAUCCUGGAAAGGAGAGAUGUCAAGCCAGACGAAGAUAUGAGUGGCAAAAACAUCACGAUGUACAGGAACGAGGGUUUCUAUGCAGAUCCUUACCUUUAUCACGAGGGCCGGAUGAGUAUAGCCUCGUCCCACGGUGGGCACCCGCUGGAUGUCCCGGAUCACAUCAUUGCAUAUCACCGCACGGCGAUCCGGUCGGCGAGUGCUUAUUGCAACCCGUCUUUGCAAGCGGAAAUGCAUAUGGAGCAGUCGCUGUACAGACAGAAGUCAAGGAAAUAUCCAGAUAGCCAUUUGCCGACGCUGGGCUCCAAAACGCCGCCCGCCUCUCCUCACCGGGUCAGUGACCUGAGAAUGAUAGAUAUGCACGCUCAUUAUAACGCCCACGGGCCCCCUCACACCCUGCAGCCAGACCGGGCCUCGCCGAGCCGCCAGUCCUUUAAAAAGGAGCCGGGCACCUUGGUGUACAUAGAAAAACCACGGAACGCUCCAGGAUUAUCUGGCAUUGUGGACCUUGGCCCUCCUCUAGUUGAGAAGCAAGUUUUUGCUUACAGCACUGCUACGAUACCCAAAGACAGAGAGACCAGAGAGAGGAUGCAAGCCAUGGAGAAACAGAUUGCCAGUUUAACUGGCCUGGUGCAGUCUGCACUUUUUAAAGGGCCCCUUGCAAGUAAUAGCAAAGAUUCGUCUAGCGAGAAAGUGACGAAAACCGCAGCCAGGAACCAUGCAGACGGUGCAGGAACUCCCCACGUGUCUGGAGGGAAGACCCACGGCGCCCUGGAGUCCACGGUGCCACCCGGCCAGCCCCCGCCUGCGGGCACCUCCACCCUCCACGCGAGCCUGCUGGACAUGAGGCGGAGCGUGGCCGAACUCAGACUCCAGCUGCAGCAGAUGCGGCAGCUCCAGCUGCAGAACCAGGAGCUGCUAAGGGCCAUGAUGAAGAAGGCUGAGCUGGAGAUCAGCGGCAAGGUGAUGGAAACCAUGAAGAGACUGGAGGAUCCCGUGCAACGGCAGCGCGUCCUGGUGGAGCAGGAGAGACAAAAAUACCUUCACGAGGAAGAGAAGAUCGUCAAGAAGCUGGGCGAGCUGGAAGACUUCGUCGAAGACUUGAGGAAGGACUCCACGUCAGCUGGCCGGGUGGUGACUCUGAAAGACGUGGAGGAUGGGGCUUUCCUCCUGCGACAAGUGGGCGAAGCCGUAGCUACCCUGAAAGGAGAGUUUCCGACCUUGCAAAACAAGAUGCGGGCCAUCCUGCGCAUCGAAGUGGAGGCCGUGCGCUUUCUGAAGGAGGAGCCGCACAAGCUGGACAGCCUCCUGAAGCGCGUGCGCGGCAUGACGGACGUCCUGACCAUGCUGCGGAGACAUGUCACCGAUGGGCUCCUGAAAGGCGCAGACGCAGCCCAGGCCGCACAGUAUGUGGCUAUGGAAAAGGCCAUGGCUGCAGAAGUCCUGAAGAACCAGGAGGAGGCAGCCCACACCUCCGGCCAGCCCCUCCACGGCGCAGGCGUCCCUGGCGAUGUGAAGUCGGAAGUGGUCCUUGUGUCCGGCAUGACAGUCCACCACGCACAGAGCUCUCCCGUGGUCAUCCAGCCCUCCCAGCACUCCUCGGCCCUGCUGAACCCUGCCCAGAACUUGCCUCGCACAGCCAGCCCCCCAGCCAGCACCCAGGAAGCGGCCUCCACCCUGCACCCGGCACACGUUCCGCAGUCCCCACAGACGCCCAUGAACGGGUCCACCAUGCAGAGCUUGUUCAUCGAGGAAAUCCACGGUGUGGGUGCCAAGAACAGGGCAGUGUCUAUUGAGAAAGCAGAAAGGAAAUGGGAAGAAAAAAGACAAAAUCUGGACCAUUAUAAUGGGAAAGAGUUUGAGAAGCUCCUAGAAGAAGCUCAGGCCAAUAUCAUGAAGUCAAUUCCAAACCUGGAGAUGCCAUCCACUUCGGGCCCGCUGCCAAAGGGAGAGGCUCCGGUGGACAGGCCAGAACUCUCAGAAGACUCUUCAAAUUCAGAACAGGACGUGGACAAGCUGGGGGGAAAGUCGCCCCCUCCCCCUCCCCCACCCCCUCGGCGAAGCUACCUGCCAGGAUCGGGGCUCACCACCACCCGGUCGGGCGAUGUGGUCUACACCGGCAGAAAGGAGGCCACCACCACUAAGGCAAGCAGCGGUGAUGCUGGACCAAGCCUGCAGACCAGAGCCACCAAAUGUCCCCCAGAGGAGCCUGCUUCAGCCUGGACCCCGUCCCCACCGCCUGUCACUGCGUCCUCAAAGAACGAGGAGGAGGAGGAGGAAGAAGGAGAGAAAAUAAUGGCAGAACUCCAGGCAUUCCAGAAGUGUUCCUUUAUGGAUGUAAAUUCAAACAGUCACGCUGAGCAGUCCCGGGCUGACACUAGGCUGGGCACCACAGUGCCACCCAAGGAGAAGAAGAAUUUGGAAUUAUUCCACGAAGAUGUACGGAAAUCUGAUGUUGCAUAUGAAAAUGGCCCCCAAAUGGAAUCCCGAAAGGUUACCGCAGGGGCUCUAAGACCUAGUGACCCUACUAAGUGGGAAAGAAGAAUGGAAAAUAGUAUUUCUGAUGCAUCGAGAACAUCAGAAUAUAACACUGACACCGUAAUGAAGGAAAAUUCCGUACCCAAUAUGAGUUUACUCAGAGACAGUAGAAACUAUUCCCAGAAAAAUGUGCCUAAGGUCAAUUUCAGUUUCUCUGGCGUUAGUUCAUUGGAAGAUGAAAUAAACAAAGGGCCUAAAGUCUCAGGACUGCAGUACCCCAUACCCAGCCCUCAGAAUCCGAAGUCGAAUUAUGGAAAGACCAAGGAGACGGAGCUGCAAGGACACGAAGAUACGGGCAAGUGUCACGUUCCCUCUCCUGCUAGAGUAAUGGAAUUGAGUGCUCGUGAUGUCAAAACACAAGAUCAGGAGGUUCCGGUGACAGAUUUGGGCCAAGUGGUUCUAAGACCCAAGGGGGCUAGGCAUGCCAAUGUGAACCCUAAUGAGGACGGAGAAUCAAGUCCAAGCUCUCCCACUGAAGAAAGCGCAGCCAGCGACAACAUUGCCUUCAUGAUCACCAAGACGGCCGUCCAGGUCCUCUCCAGCGGGGAGGUCCAUGACAUCGUGAGCCAGAAGGGAGAAGACGUGCAGACAGUGAAUAUCGAUGCCAAAAAGGAGAGGACCUCCCAGCAAGAAGGGACUGAAAACGAAGAGCCAGUCGUGUGCCUCGACAAGAAACCAGUGAUCAUCAUUUUCGACGAGCCCAUGGACAUCCGGUCUGCGUAUAAGAGACUCUCGACCAUAUUUGAGGAAUGUGAUGAGGAAUUAGAGAGAAUGAUGACGGAGGACAAGAUAGAGGAGGAAGAAGAGGAGGACAGUGGAGACACCGGAGUCCUGAGUAACACUUCCCAACUGUCUCCAAAGAAGGUGGCCUCGGACAGUCUUAGAACAGGACAGCAGGUGGAGACAAAAUUACAGCCACACUUGCUGAUGGCAGACCCCAAAAGCCCAGGAGGACAGGAAAUGCAUAAAACCGAGCCCGGCAAGUGGAGCCAGGCAGAUUCUCCGAACUCAGACGGCAAGGGUGACGACCCGACCGAUGACCAGUUUGAAAGCCCCAAGAAAAAGUUUAAAUUCAAAUUCCCUAAAAAGCAACUCGCUGCUCUCACUCAAGCCAUUCGCACAGGAACCAAAACGGGGAAGAAGACGUUGCAGGUGGUGGUCUACGAAGAGGAGGAAGAGGAUGGUACUUUGAAGCAGCACAAAGAGGCCAAGCGCUUUGAGAUCACUAGGUCUCAACCCGACGACUCCCCGAAGGGCGUGGCCAGGAGACAGGAGCAGCCCAUUCUCGAGGGCACAGCUCAGAUCUCAAGAACUGAUGAAAUUAGAAAAAAUACCUACAGAACGUUGGACAGCCUGGAGCAGACCAUUAAACAGCUCGAGAACACCAUCAGUGAAAUGAGCCCCAAAGCCCUAGCUGAGACCUCAUGUUCUUCCAACAGAGAUUCUGUCGCAAACUCAUCCCUCAUGGCCCCAGAGGCCCCUCCCCGACCCUUGCUAGUUCCGGAGGAAGCCCCCACUCUCCUAGAGCCCCCCACGUCAGUACCUGCAGCUUCACGGCUCCAGCGGGACCCCGCAGACGAGCAGGAUGCCCGUCCCCAUGAGCGCCAAGAACAGACCCGGGAGCCUGGACAAAGCCAGCAAGCCGUCCAAACUGCAGGAUCCGCGCCAAUAUCGUCAGGUAGUUUUACCUUAAACCCAAUUUUGGAUGGACGCUAUCUCUGUUAAGAAGCAAGUCACUGACUUAGUUGAUGCCAAAUACGUGUUUUUCUUUGUAAGAUACGGUUACGUAGACAUCCCGGAUCUUGGGGGCAUGAAGAAAGUCCUAAAAACCUUUGUUAAACUUUUCACCACGCUUUUUGCAUGCUCGCAAUAAAACAUCUUUUACUUUGUGACUCCAAAUUUUAACUGUUAACACACGGUGCCAGGCCAGGUGACUUUUCUUUGGUGAAUGUAGUGCUUUAUCCGAACACCUUGGGAAAGAGAGACAAACCAACCUGUCAUUGAACUGCCCUUAAAGCCACCAGUACUAACGUCUGUGUUGACUGCAUCGCACUAGGGCACAUUAACUCUUCGUCACAAUGCGGGGGGCCCCCACCCCAGUAACCACCCAGGGGCACGGCCCACCUGGCACACGGGAAACGGUAGUUGGAAUGACAUGAUUCUUCUCACAGACGCCUUCUUCCUUGUCGCCUGUUCUGUCCCUCCUUGGCUGUGUAGGUGGGGGGUUUCUACCAGGUCCAGGACAGCACAAGACUUAGCUCAGGCCUUGAACUGUUUUGUUGUUUUUCUUUUAUGGAGUUAUUCUCAGAAGGGCUGUGUUGCCAGGCCCUGUGGGUCGAUCGUGUUGCCAGCUUUCUGACAAACUGUCUCCCGCCAUCUUUGUUUGCAGGCUAAUGGAAGUGCUAAGAAAGCUGGUGGGGAAUAUAAACCUACUUCCCCCUCCUUACCUGCUUCUAAGAUUCCAGCCCUUUCUCCCAGCUCUGGGAAAAGCAGCUCUCUGCCCUCUUCUAGUGGUGACAGCUCUAACCUCCCUAAUCCACCUGCUACUAAAACACCAAUUCCUUCUAACCCUCUCAGCUCCCAAACAGGACGGCCCGCCCACUCUGCCUCCCUCAUCCCUUCUGUUUCUAAUGGCUCCUUAAAGUUUCAGAGCCCCACUCACACAGGGAAAGGUCACCAUCUUUCAUGCUCACUGCAGACUCAAAACGGCCGAGCAGUCCCUCCUUCCUCCUCCUC